AUGGGUAGACGUCCUGCACGUUGCUAUCGCUAUUGCAAAAACAAGCCCUAUCCUAAGUCGCGCUUCUGUCGUGGUGUCCCUGAUCCCAAAAUCAGAAUUUUUGAUUUGGGAAAGAAGAAGAUUGGCGUCGAUGAGUUCCCAUUGUGCGUUCAUAUGCUUUCUGAUGAGUACGAACAGCUUUCCAGUGAAGCUUUGGAGGCUGCUCGUAUCUGCGCCAACAAGUACCUCGUGAAGUAUUGUGGCAAGGAUGCGUUCCACUUGCGUGUUCGUGUACAUCCAUUCCAUGUAGUGCGUAUUAACAAAAUGUUAUCAUGCGCUGGUGCGGAUCGUCUCCAAACUGGCAUGCGUGGUGCCUACGGAAAGCCUCUUGGUACUGUUGCCCGUGUCAACAUCGGACAAACCAUAAUGUCUGUUCGUGGUAAGGAGCAACACAAGGCCCAAUUUAUUGAGGCCUUCCGACGUGCCAAAAUGAAGUUCCCCGGUCGCCAAAAGAUCGCUGUAUCGCAGAACUGGGGCUUCACUAAAUUCAAAGCCGAUAAUUUCCAGGAGAUGCGAAAAAUUGGCAAGUUGCGUCCUGACGGUGCUAAUGUGCAGUACAUGCCUGACCAUGGACCGCUUGAGGUUUGGCAGAAAACACAAGCUGUACUACUAGGUCUUUAA